UUCACACCACGCUCAAUCGUUUUCCUCACUAAACUGUAGCUGACAUCAUUUGGGUCAAGCUUGUAUUAUUGUAGCUCUUGAUGGCCUGGAGAAGAACGUAGAAUAUCUGUUUUUACUGUUCAAGUCAACGUGUUGUAGUGAGUAACCAGUUUGGAUCGGCGAGACGAGAUCUUCUUCUCGAGGUUUAGCGAUAACGAACAAAGAUCAUCGGUAGAAACGACGGUUCCUAGCACGGUAGCGGGCUAUGUUGGAGUUCAACACCCCGUCCACCACCACAGCUAGUGCAAGUUCCAUGUUGUCCAUGUUGAACAUGAACAUGGAGGCCUCGCGGCAGAACGCUUUUUUCCUGGGCAAUCCUCCGCUGGCCGCUCUGCACAAUAUCAGUGACAUAAAGGCGAAUCCCAUGUCGCCCUAUCCUAGUACCCAAACCCUCAAACCGUCGGCUCAUGGCACACCACAUGGCAUUAACGAUAUUCUUGGCCGGCCACUGCCCACCUCGGCACAGGCGCUCAGCACACUUGGGGCAUUACCACGCUUUAGCCUAGGCAUGGGGGCAGCGGCUAGCAUGUACUUUAACCCAGCCAACGGUAGUCUUCACAAGCUAGGACUGGGGGAUCUCCCCGCUAGACCUCACCUCUACUGGCCAGGGAUGGUACAGAACCCAGCACUCUGGAGGGAUCGGUUCGCUUCAGCUGCGGUUACGCAAAGUUGUCUAGACAAGGAUGGGAAGAAAAAGAAACACACCAGGCCCACCUUUUCUGGUCAUCAGAUUUACGUACUUGAAAAGACAUUUGAACAAACUAAGUAUCUUGCCGGACCGGAAAGAGCAAAGCUUGCUUACGCCUUAGGAAUGUCAGAAAGUCAAGUAAAGGUUUGGUUCCAAAACCGAAGAACCAAGUGGCGUAAGAAACAUGCAGCAGAGAUGGCCACGGCUAAGAAGAAGCACGACACGGAGGCGGAACAGCUACGUCAGGAUGACAGCUCUGAUCAGGAGCUUGAUUUGGAUGGCGCCGACUGCAAGCGGCUGAAGUCCGACGACGAACAGUCAGACUCAAUUCCUCUUGAUCCCGAGUCACCAGAUAGUUUCUUGGCCGUUUAGAAACUUUGCUCUAGAUAAAUAGGUUGAAAUUUUUUGCGUGACAAAGUGCAAUAACAUUUUCCCAAAGACCGACCGAACAAUAAAAUAGAAAAAAAAAGAAAGAAAAAAGAAAAACUUAACAGGUUAGACGAAGUGAAUUGAACACAAACGUUGUGAUUUCUGUGUUUUAUUUGUGACUGAUCUCGGUGUACAUAAUGAGCAAUUAAAAUAAUCUGCUCUAGGA